AUAUAGCCUCGUUUUUCAGUUUCACUUCCUUGGUCGGAAAAGAAGAUGGCGCCCAGCCAGGAUGGAAGUGACGGUAACGUUUCAGAAAAGUCUAUAAAAUGCAACUUCGAACAACUGAAUUUCCUCUUAAAGGCACCAUCAAAAGAAUUUGUGAAGAAAUUGCUCCAAGACUGCUUUGCUCACAUUAAUUCAACCAUUCCUAAAGGUUUUAGUGAGAAGGUUGCAAGUGAUCUUGAUGUUCCUGAAGAAGAUGCGAUAAUGCUCAUUGGAUCAGUCUCUGAAUUGAUAAAGAUGGCCGUAUUUGAAGGAGCAGCUGGCGCAACAGAGGUUUUUUCACUGUUUCCAGAUGACUUCCACAAAAACUUGAGGGAACUUCUAUCAAAGAUAAUUGCUGACUGCAUGCCUAAUUGGAGAUCAGAUACCAUCAAUCAACAAGUUUCUCUUCCCCGGCUGGUUGACUUCGAUUGGCGCAUUGAUGUCAAAACUGGUUCAUCGGGGAGGCCGGCAGCUCCAUCCUGCCUGCUUCAGCUCAAGAAAUUGGUCUUGGAAAAACCAAAUUGAAAAAGCAACGUGACUUUUACCUGUUAAGUACUUCUUUGGCCUUACGAUGAUAUUCUCGAAGAUGAAUCAUAGAUUUGAACCCAAACAAAUGCAGAGGCUCAGACACUUUUCAUACUUGGAUCAGGUAUGGCCCUUAUUUUUUCAUGUAGAUAACACCAAGCAGCGUGACACAAUAUUAAAAGGGUCAAAAUGUCAAAGGUCAUCUAUGAGAAAACAUGAGAGAUGUCAAUAAAUUGAAGAUAUCAAGAAAUUUGUAAAACUUCUCAUGUUCUUAAGAAAUUUUUCUGUGACUCGAUUGAACUUUCUUUCUGAGACCAGAUUAUGGAGACUCUGCACCCAGGGUAGUCAGUUGCUAGUAGUCGCAAAGCUCGCUGGAUGAAAUACACUGUAUGAAUACAAUGUAUGAAUACACUAUCGGUAUGAAUAAUUAGUGUGUGUGAAAGAGGAUUAGUUUAAUAUUUUUAUAUCAUUUUCAGUAUACUUAAUAAAAAACUCUUAAAGAGUUUUGCACAUUCUAUAAUUAAGAACAGGCACGUCGAAUAUGAAAAUAACGAGCUCAAAAUUAAACUUAACCUCUCACUUUUGACCUCUCACUUUUGACCUCGCACCUCUGACCUUCAGAGAGGAAUCGAAUGGAAAGCGAAACAUUUUAUGUACAUUUGGUUUCUCUAAGUACAAUAGACUCAAAAUUCCGUAUUUUUAUCGCAAAACUACAUUGCUUUGUGUUCAAUGGUUCAUUGCAUAAACAUUCACUUUAGACGUUUUAAAAUUCUUAACAAGUAACAGGCCCACUGAAUAUGAAAAUAACGAGCUCAAAAUCAAACUUAACUAAAACAAACCCGCAAGAAAAACUUCAACGUGAUAGGUUCUAUUUUGACCUCUCACCUUCCUGUCACCUCUGACCUUCAGAGAGGAAUCGAAUGGAAAGCGAAACAUUUUAUAUCCAUUUUGUUUCUCUAAGUACAAUAGACUCAAAAUUCCUUAUUUUUGUCGCAAAAACUACAUUGCUUUGUGUUCAAUGGUUCCUAAAUUUACGAUAGAGAGCAUUUGAAAUGGUUUAUUCUAAACCACAAUGAAUUUCGAAAACAUUUUUAAAUCUGAAGGGAUCUUCGGCAGCUUUGUAUUGACCUUACGUUAGCAGAUGGACAGCAGAUAAGGGCAGCAAACGAAACUGAUAGAUAAAGACAAUAAAUUUUCUAUUGUGUUGUUUUGAAUCCCGCCGGAGGCAAGGCCUUCUUAGGGCUCGCAUCGUCUCCUCGUAGUUUGGAAAAAUCAAGAACGUGAACCUGUAGACGUAUAUUCACGUUUCAGUUCGUCAUAAUCGAGCGAUACUCAUCCCGGAGUAAUUUUAGCCAGAUAGAUUCAGUUUCCCUUUGUCAUUGUAAUGAAAUUGUUAUAUGCCAUGUAACUUGGACACAGCAUGAUUAGCAAAACUAUAUAUGACAGAUAUGUAUGUAGCGCUUUAGACCGCUUUAGACGACAACUUGAUUUUUGAUAAUAGGUCGCAUGUACCACUUUCUGAGGGGUAUUACUGCCAAUAGAAACGUGGUACCUUGUUGCGAUUGCACCCGAACAUCACUUGCAAGUCUGCCCUUUUCUAUGUUGUCUUUAGUCCAUCAUUUUAUAAUUAAAGCAGCAUCUUUUUAUCUUUUUAACUUAUAAGAGUGUUUCCCAGGCCCUAAAACAAGCCUGAAAUUUCACCAAGGCAGGAGCUUUUUAGGGCAUGGGGUUUGUGACACCCCCUUCGAUAAAGAUUCCAUUUAAAAAAUUAUUGCCAUCUAGGGGUGUUCUAGACAUAUUUUAAAUGGGCACCUCCCUUGAGCACAAUAUCUAGCGACCGGCUUGCGCUUUUCAUGCCGGUCACGCAAGGUCAAAUGAUUUUCUAUAUCUAACUUAUUUCUUCACAUCUAAAGCUUGGCCUAUGUUUAAACUUACUUCUAUCACGAAGCAUUAUUUCAAGUUGUUACUUCAUUUUUCUUGGCAUUAAGCCUAUAAACUUCGAAAUCAAUGUUUGCAAAAUCAAGAAUUUCGUGUGCCUUUACAGCCCUUGUCAAUUACCCAGCACAAUAGCUUUGCUUCAAAUAUAACAUAGUUCUGAAGAUGGCAAUAAAAUUUCAGUUGUUUUGGGGGCGUUUUGUUUGAUAUGUGUAACUUCUCUUAUCAAAAUAGCUAAUUAAUUAUCAUAGCAGGACAAAAGAGGUUUAAUUGGAACAAAUGGCGCGCGAAUUCUAUUCACUGUUCUUUUGCAAUUUAACCUUCCAUAUUUGAAUUUAAAUUACCAGUUUGGUUUGAAUGCUACAUUCCUGUGGGCUGUAUCUUUGACCAUGAAAGUAAAAGCAAUAAAAAUAUCCAAUUCUGAUUUUUAUAGCUGAACCCUUUCAGAAAAGAAUAAGCCUGCCAACAUAUAUCGGGCUACUUUUAUUUAAAUGUCGAUAUAUGGGAGGAGUUUAUAAGAGAAGUUUGAAUUUUUUAUAUUAAGAAAUAUUUAUAUUUCUAUGUUUUAUGGUUUGGAGGUAUCCAGGGCAUGAAAAGCUCAUUUGCCAAGUUCAUUAAUGGUGCAAUUGUCUAGUUAUGUCCUGUGACUGACUGGGUGAGCUGAUACCUGCCUAAUAGUAUUUGCAAAGUUACAAUUAUGCUUUGAUUUUCCUUUUGACACCUCCAAUUCCGAUAAUCUUAAAGAAAUAACGGCACACGAUUAAAUAUUCUAUGGCACGUGCUGUGGCUUGAUUGUAAUUUAAAAAAGGGGUUUUUGUGGGAUAUGUAAUCAACUGCAAAUGCUUUUGUGCCAUCAAGCGAGUAUCGAGUAGACGAAAUAGAGGUCUUAAGUGACGAUUUUAUGAUUUAUAUUCAGACUCAUCAUGGAAUACAUCUAAAUAUUCAAAAUCAGUUAGAUGUGUUACAAUUUAGCUGAAAUAUGACCAUGUGAGCACAGGCACUUUCCCAUCAAAUCACGGUAAAUUGGUCUCUGUCCAUAAUUUUCUGAGCCAUGCUAAAACAACAGUAAUACUUCAAACUUCAGAACUUUUAUCGGCCAUAUGUCACACAAUUUUCAACGUAUCUAACUGAUUUCUAACAUCAGAGGUGACAGCUCACUUUCAAAGGUAUUGCACCGCGUUUAUUUGUUUGUUCAUAUCUAAUAUUCAUAUUUUAUAGUAUACAGGAAUAAGGUGUAUCGAGCAGACAUACGUACAAGAACGAUUUAGGAAAAGGUUUUUUUACCUAGGCUGAUAUAACCGUAGAGAAACUCCCCAUAAGCUCAAGGUACAAAUCUUGUAUUAUUUACAACCCCUUUGAAACCUAAUUUAAAGAAACACCUACGGACUGCUAUUUGCGUGUUAGCCUAAUCCUUUGUUAGUAGUAACGAUAAAUGCUUAUUGAAGAAUUUUAUUCCCGAACUUAGCCCCAGCUAGUACGGUAUGAAGAAGACUUAUAGUGGACCCAUUUAAAGGAACGGUUUCUUUGUACAUAAAACAUCUACUUUUUAUCGAUACAACACGAUUUAAGUGGUUUUAAUACGCUGCCUACUGUUUGCAAUGAGCGCUGAUUCAGCUUGACCCAAUAUCAGGUCUACACCUGCUCUUUCAGAUGAACAAUUGAUAGGCUCUUCGCAAUUGUGAGGUUUUCAUGAAAAUUGAAACCAUGACAGCAAAUGGGUUACACCCCUCUGUAGCUUCCCAUGUAUCCAUGGUGUUGGUUUGCUACAAGGGCAGUAACGCCAUACAGAAGGUUUUUUUGUCAUGUUUCUGUAAAAGGUAUGAUAAUAAAGCGGGGUUUACUUGCUCUGGCCUAAUCUCAGUCUUGGAUCUUUUAUAAAAUUUUUACUGAUGUAUGAGAUCUCUCACUCCCAGAAGCUCCGUUGCACAGAAGGCCAUUGCAUUACCUCCUUACUGCCGGAAAAACAUCAAAAAUUCAUUUGUUUUGCUCUGAAUUCCAGGAUUUCUGCUCAUGUCCUGGAAGAAUCGUAGUUUUGUCUUUUUUUCUGUCUUUCUUGUGGAAAGCAUCAAAUUGAAACAUAAGAAGGGACGAUUGCCCCCUUCCUUAUAAAUGAACCCUCCCCCUAAAUUUGCCUAGUUGUGUAAUUAUGUGCUGUCAAGGUUAGAAGGCACCCCAAUAAGUUCCAAAAGUUUACGUCCCCUUAGCAGGGGUAUCUCUAGAAAGGGGAAAAGGGGCCUAAAUUCCCCCCCUCAGGGAGCUCUCUCCCUACCGAAUGAAUACUUUGUCAGAAUUGUCUUAACCAGGGAAGGAAAAUUUUGCCUCCCGCUAAAAGAUGGUAAAAUCUACCAAAUGAUAACUGGUCCUCUUUUUGUAGCAACCCUUUCUCCCUAAUAUUGUAAACUUAAGGUUUUUCAAUCAGACAUAUAUGUCUCCCUUGUUACCAAACUACCUGCUUAUAUACGAGAUGUAUGUCUCCCUUGUUUCCGAACCACCUUGAGCCUUGUAUAAUCCAUUUCUUGCUACAGCUGCCAAUAAUUAGUCCCUCGUUUCUCAUCUGUGUAGUACCUCUUACACAAAGACCUAUGCAAUUAUAUUCCGUUUAGGUUUGUUUAGUAAAUGACACUAAAAUAUUAAUCCAGAUGAAGGUGUUUACUCGGCUGUUUUCAACACAAGCAAUUCAAAAACUGUACAUAUUACACUUCUGGACAUAACUGCUGGGAUAAAUUCUUAAACAUUUGCACAAUAGCAUGCUUGUACAAUGCACCAUCUACAGUUCCACCGGCAUAUUGAAGUCGGAGCGUAGGUAUUAUUUUAGCAGACACAU